AUGGUUGGAGUCCGCGGCAAGUACAAGGGAUGCGAGACAUGCAGGGCUCGAAGAGUCAAGUGCGAUAACGAACGGCCACACUGCCGCAAAUGUAUCGAUAGCGGCCGCGAGUGUGCUGGCUACGAACGAGAAAUGGUCUUCAUCACCGCAACCAUAGACGACGCCGGCCGCUGCUCAUCACAUCCGCCUCGCCAAGUCCAGCCGUCUUCUUCGAGGAGUUCUAGGAGAAGUCAAACCGUGGAAGACGAGGUUCCUCGCUUGCUACCGACAGAACCGUUGAUGCCGGCGUGGGAUGAUUUGGUCUCCGUAUCCGACAACGGUGUCGUGUACUCGAUACAGAUCGCGGCGUUGCACACCAAGUUCCAGAACAUCCUCAGGGGACCCGAAGGGCAAAGCCAAGUAAAGUUCCGGAUGGCCCUUCCGCCAUACUCACCAGUUGAUAUGGAAACAUGGGAUAAUGGCGGCAAUAUGGACCUGAAUGCGCAGAACAUGGUCAGUCUGCUGCCAUCGGGGAACGAUAACGGAGCCCCAGAAGGUCUUUGCGUCUUUUUGUUCGAGGUCGGAUACCAGCUGGUCGUUGUGGAAGAGCAUCAAAAUCCAUCCUUUUUGGUGACCAACGGCAUGACUCCCUGGAGUGUCCCCCAAGAGCAUAUGGACGUCGUCAAGAAGCUUGGCCCGGAACAGUUUCGUCAAUUUCCAGCCCAUCACUAUUUCGUCAGGACGACGUUUCUUUCCUCGUUCGAUUGGUGCACUACACCGUGGGAACGGCACCCCAAGACGUUUCUCGACAGGCUCUUUGACAUCAUCGCCGGGUUGCCUGGCAUCUUCUCUCGCGUCGACCGAACGGUACCCUUUGCUGCAACCUUGCAGCGUCGGUUAAAGGCACAGGAACUACUCGAGAGCUGCUUGGAGAUCGAACGGAGGCUGGAGGAGUGGGAGUCAUACGCUCGCGCACCUACUGCCGAGCACCCGUAUGCGUACUGGAUAGAAGAGCCGGAUGACCCAGAUGCGCAGCAGCUACCCUUUGCAGACAACUUUGCCUUCAAGGACGGUGUGUCGUCCGUCAUGUUCUUGUAUCACUGGAUGACACUGCUGCUCCUUCACCGCUGCAUCGAGUGCCUGCACCACACCGUCUUCCAGCCUGUCAUCGAGGACUUUCCCAACAUGUUUCCGGAUCUGCCUCCAAAUCUCCAGAUCAACCUGGCCAGGUACCAACAGCGGCGGGAGUUUGCGUCAAGAAUCUGCAGGGCGCUUGACUUUGCGUUGUCGACGACAGUUCAGCCGGACAUGCUGCUUGCACCACUAGCCGUGGCCAUGGAGUUCUACCGCGAGAUCAAUGCGUCCUCAAGAGAUGGCGAGCUCGAGAUCAUGUGGUGCGAGAACUUCAGGUUGCGUUUGACCUCCAAAGGGCACGAUAUUGCCAACGUUCUGCAGAGCAGAUCGUGGGUCGACAUUGCCAGGUUUUGA